AUGGGAACAUCGUGGUCAAGUAAUGUGGAAUUACAAAAUUAUUACGACCAACAGGCAGUGGAGCACGUAGCUCUGCAGAAUGUUUUGUUCGAGCACAAAAGAGCUUUAGAGUUGGCGAACACACGAAAACUUAUUUCUAAUGAAUAUAUGGCGGCGUUGUUGGUCGUCUCAUUGAUGUUAGUAGGUCAGAAAAUGAAACAAUCGCAUUUGUUCAUUCUACCGGCAGUUCCACUUGUUUUUGGUCUUCUCCAUAAUUUUGACCAGCAACGGGAUGUAACGUUAGAUACUAUAAAAGAGAAAGCGCAAGAGUUGCGCCGAGAAAAUCGCCGUUUAUUUGAACCCAUUGGUGGUCCCAUAACAUUGGAUGAGCUCGACAGACGUAUUAGUCGCGCAAAAUAUUACAAAAAAAAGGAAUUUAGUGAUGUCAGUUAA